GACAUUUUUGUGACUCAGAAAUAACAUUUAUUUAUUUUGGGUGGAUUUUUUUCUGCAUAGCGUGUGUAGCGGGAUUAAAACUUGUAUUUAUUUGUUGAUACAUUUAGCUUGUGUUUGUGACAAGUGUUUUAUCGUUAUCGAUUAGUUAAUUUGUACCAAAUUAUCCAAUGUAAGUGCAAUUAAAAUUCAAUUAAGAAAUAGAACUGUAAAUUUCGAAUGAUAUACGAAAGUGGUAAUUUAAUUUAAGUUUACAUUGACAACUGUUUACGAUAUGUUUACGAAAUGUUGCAUUGAAUUCUACAUCAGACUGCUUAUUGUUGUGACCUAUAUGUUCCUUUAAAAUUCAGUGUGCGUUCAUUUUUUAUGUUAUGAUAAAAUGAAUGUAAUUAAAGAGAAUUAACAAUCAACUAAAAGUCACACUUUGAUAAAGUGGCUACAUCAUAGAAACUGACAAUAUGCCAAACAGACAACAUAGUACCUCAUCUCCACUGCUGUUGGAUACAUCUAUAAAAUUUGGGACUUAACAAGACAUAAACCAUAGCCACAAACUGUAUGCAGCCAUGGCCAGUGUGUCGGCACAGUAUAAAACAUGCGCCUCUCUCCUAAGCCAACCAAUUAAUCCUGUCCACAUGUCAUCAUCAUCUAUAGCUGCUUUACACAAGAAUGAUCCUCCACCUAGUCAUCACAUAGAGCAAAAGGCAAUUUGCGACACACAGGACACUCAGUUCAGCAAAAAGUAUUCUAAGAUGCAGGACUGUCUCGAGUCUUCAAUCAGCUUUGAAAGCAGGAGUAAAGUUGCAAGCAUUGUGGAUCAAGUGUAUCGCUUGGAUGACGUGGAGAAAUUGCUACUGUAUCUGAAGCUACCAACAGGGGUCUCCAGGGACGAUCCAGACAGGCUGACCCCUACUUGUGCUCUACCAUUGGCCAAUAGGAAGGAGCAAAAUGAGGCGUUCACAUUUAUUAAGAGCCACUUUGAGGAACAUCCUGACAUCUGUAUGUCCAAGGGAGAAGUGUACGAUGAAUACAGCCACUUCUGUGAGCUUCAAGAGUUGCGGCCCCUUAGUAAUGCUGACUUUGGGAAGAUGAUGAAGCAGGUGUUCCCCAACAUCAACACACGACGGCUGGGACCAAGGGGUCAAUCUAAAUAUUUCUAUGGAGGUUUGAGAAAAAAACAGGACUUUGACACACCCACGUUGACUGAGUUGGAAAUCACACAGAAGCGAAUAGAGAUGGAUUCAGGAGUCUUUGACAGUGAGAUUUUCAAGGCCUCUUGCGAACUGAUCUGUGAAUGGGCUGAGAAACUUUUGGACAGCAAAUUCAAUAGUGUUCAGUCUAUAGCUGAAUACCUCGUGGGAAACAUGUUUGUGAACACCAAGUCUGUUGCUGCAUUUACGCUGAUUUCUUCAUUGCCAGAGGGUAAACAGAAUAGCCUGAAAGGCUCCCCUCUGUUCAGCCAGCAGUCCAAUACAAGUGUGGACAAACACAAGGAGACCAAUAUGCUGCUACAUCAGAAGCUCCAGAAGAACAGACAACUGCAGAAACAAAAGGAAAAGGCACAGUCGUUGAAAUCAGAAGUUGAACAACAAAGUGGUAACCAUGGAAACCUGGAAGGUCUAAUGCCACUGUUAAAUGCAAGAAAAUCUGUCACUCCAUCAGCUGUUGCCCUUAAGAAGAGCAACAAAAAUCCGUCCCCGUCUUCUAGUCCCUUGCCUGAAAGAUCGCCUAUGAAAAAUUACCCAGCACCUAAGUCAUCGCCUCUUAAGCCGAAGAACUCUGCUAGUGGAGAAGUGACAAAUAUUCAGGCUGGUUCAAUCGAUUCUGCUGUGAAAUAUGCUUUAAGUAAUAAACUGAAAGGACAAAAUCCGAUACAGUCAAAGAUGAGUGUAAAUGAGACAAAGGAGGAAAAUGAACCCAAAGGAGAAAGUGAAAACAUGCACAAAGACCAAAAAGGAAAGAACAAGAGUAAGAAAGGGAAACCCUCUAAGGUUGACACCGAGGCCAAGGUAAACUUAAAAGAAUUGCACAAAUGUGUGGAACAAAAUGUAAUGGAGACUGAUAAUACUGAGUAUGAAUUGGAAAGAAACGAUAUCCGAGAUGAAAAGCCUGAAAUUGUUGAUGCCAGAACUCCAGGAUCUGAUAUGGAAACAGAAAUUGUAAAAGGUCAUGUUAAGAAAUUAAAUUUUGAAGACAAUAUCAAGCAACACAUUCAUCACUCUUGUGCAACAUGUGCCGAGCACACUGUAACUACUUCAUUUGUAAAACCAAUCAAGUCUUUGUCUCACAAUGUCACAAAAAUGGUUGAACCUGCUUCUGUGACAAAAGAUUUACAACAGGUGAGUCAGGAUGCCCUGUCAAAAUCAACAGGGGAGUUGGGCUUAAUUAAAUUGCUCGAAAGCAAAGACAAAUUAAAAACCUUGCAGCUAAACAAAUCAAUGGGAUUUAUUGAGAAAUCGAAAAAUUCUUUGUUUGUGAACCAAUCUAAAAUGGCGGUCAAAAGUGCAUUUGUUCCCUUUUCUCAAUUCCAAUCAUCGCCUCGAAAGGAUUCUUUAAUUAACCAGUCUGUCAUAUCAAUUCCUGUCAUGAUACCGUCCGUUUCAAGCCAGUCUGUUUCCGUUUUAAAUUUCACUAAUCCUGCAAAUGAGGCCAUAAGCGUUGUGUCGGUAACAUCGGUUUUAUCCAAAAUGUCAAAUGACACUAUAGUUUCAUCAUCACAAAACAUGUCGGUUAGACAAUCCGGACUUAAGUUUGCGCCAAUACGACCAAAAGCUUCGCCAAUUAAGACAUCGCCAUUGAAAGACACAAAACCGGAAAGUUUGUCGAGGCGUGAAAAAGACAGUAGACGAGUUUCGGCAAUUUUAAAGGAACAAAGAGCCAUCAAAGAACAAGCUGAGGCCAAAGCUAAAUUACAAUCCGAUGUUAAAUUAUCCUCAAUACCAAUGCAACCAGGAUUCACAAUAACUGGAAACACGCUACAACUACCCCAGACUGUUGCAAAUUCGUUGCCACCUGUUUUUAUUGUGAACAACCAGGGUGCUGCUAUACAACAGUUGUUUGAACAAAACCUGACGUCUUCUGUGAUAGUUUCAGAAGGUAAUUUAAAACCUGUUCAGCCAAACACGGAUCCGAAUACUGUAAAAAUAAAAAUGAACACGGGCAAAGCGCAGAAAAUAGGAAGUGGUGUUGAACAUUCUGAAUAUAUUCCAGAAUCAUUGCAAGAAAGCGAUGAAACAUGCAUAUCUAUAUCGGAUGAAAUGUCUCAGGCAAAUUCUGAUUGUAAUAACAUUGCCAAUAUAAGUGAAAACGGAAAGGAUUUAGAAAUGAUCAGAAUGCAGUCUGGUCCAAAUGACAGUAGAGAGAGUGAAACCCGGGAUGUUAUUAUAGAGACAGUGGAAGAAACCUCAUAUGAAACGGCUAAUGUAAUAUCUGACCCUGAUCUUGCGCAACAAAAAUUUGGAGAUUUGGGAGGCUUAACAUCUUCAGAAAGCGUGGACAAAAUGUGGUCAGAGACGCCUGCUAAAAUUGCGAAAUUGAAUAUCACUUCACCGUAUAGACCAGAAAGUGCCUGUUCAUUCGGCAGAGAAACUCCAACUCGACUUUCCCGAUGUGAUUCUAAUCUUAGUCGUCCCGAGAGUGCGUGUUCGAUUGGACGAGACACUCCGUCAGGAUCUAGAAAACGUAAAAGUUCCGAUCAUCCGUCCAGGCGUAAUUUUAAGCGUCUAAAUUCGACUGGAGAGGAUGUUACUGAAGAUAUUCAAAACACGUCGCUUGUGUUUGGUCCGGAAACGGAUUCUAUAAAUAGAAAUUUACGUCGGACGCAGUCGUGUACAUCUGAGCUUGAAGACGUUGUUAAGCAGAAUGUUCACGGACUUGACAGCUUUAGUCAGCAUGUUUCUACACCAAAACAGUUGCAGCAGUAUCGACAGCAGCACCCACAACACAAGUCAGAGUUAUUGCUCAUGAAAGGUUUGCAAAGUCCUGAUAUUUCCAGUUUAGAGAAAGAUGCGCUUAUAGAAUCCUUCCCUAAUAGUGGUCUGCUGUACCUGAGACCACAGGGCCAAACGAAUAAAAAUUCCAUCAACGCCUUAAAACAGUCCAAACCGAGUCUCGACAAACUAAUGCAAGAGUUUUUGGAAGCCAAGGCUAGAGAAAAAAGCAUUGGCGGUAGAGAGAACAAAGAAAUCGCUGGAUUAACUUCAGCAAAGAAAAGUGUAAAAAUGUCAGUUCCUCUAUCAGAUCGACCGUUCUCAAGCAUUGGUACCAGAUCUCGAAGUCGAAACGAUGCAUCAGGUUCAGUGACUACUGAUCGAGGGAAACCAUACUUCAGGCCCGCUAGUGCUGCCAUGGUGACAACUUCUAGCUUUGAACCGUCAGGGCUGCCUGCUGAUGUAGCAGACUGGGUAUCGGAGAAUCUUGAGAAACGACAGAGGGAAAACCAGUCUGAACCGGAUCUAAACCAGUUUAAUAAUCAGUCAGGUUUAAACGUUCAGACCAAUCCGCUGAUAAAAAGUUUCGAAUUUGCAACAGAUUCCUGUGUCAACUUUGAAACCAGUCGACCUACUAGCAUAAAAAUGGCAACAACUGUUCAAUCAACUGGCUCAAUUAAAAUGCCGUCUGCUUGUAAAGAUGACCAAAAUACCUUUACAGUUCCCAAAGCUCCCCAUAUUUCGCAUCCGCGGCAUCGAGAACACAUUCCGAAACCCAGCUCUGAGUCGGCGAUUGGACAACAGAAUCAAAGAUGUCAGUCACUACCAACGUUUUCAUCGCCAGGCCAAAGCCCUUUGUCUCCCUUGUCACCUAUGGGUCGUUUCCAUGGUAACUUAAGGGCGUCGUCAAUGUCGCCUCGGGCAACAGGACAGCCAAUGGAAAUCAGCACCGAUGUUUUAUCUCCUCCUUCGGCUGCAAAUAUGUCCCCUGUUGCAGGUUCCAUCUCGCCGAUUCGACUUUUGUCGCCGUCAAAUGUUCAUGGCUCAGUCUCUGUGACAACGGGCUACAUUUCUCCAGGUAAAGAGCAUAUGAGACCAGGUAGCACAUAUCUUCGAAAGAUUCAGCAUUCCCUGCAAAUGCCUAUCGAUAGCAGUUAUCAGAAUCAGUAUUAUGGGUCACAAAAUGUUACCCUGGCUACGGCCAAUUUCAGAAGUAGGGAAUCUUCGUUAGAAGUUGAGGAUAAAAUUUUGGGUAGAACCCAUUUAUCAGAUUCUGGAUUCCAUAGUGCAGACCCUUCACCAAUAUCGAAUUCCACGCCUGUCUCUUCAAUCGAUUGCCUAGAAUAUAGCCCAAUUAGUGUAAAGUUAAGUGUUGCCGAAUCGCCAGUUCCCAUUUGUACUGAUUAUACUUAUUUGGCAACAACUGGGCUAUUGAAGCAAUCACAAAUUCCACAACAGUUAAGUGCUAUGGCUUCUCCUGAAGCUGGAAAUCCGAGUUUCUAUGGCAACACUUUACGUUCAUCCAGCCACAGUGCAUUUGUGCCCAUUCAAGGCUCACACAGCGAUGCUCAACAUGUUGCACCAGUUAAACCCACUGUUACACUGCCACUGGCAGAAAGCCUUCCAAGUAAAGAGGGAACCCCGAUGCCAGAAAAUCUAUGUUUGGUUUCUAGUCAGAAAUGCUCAGAAAUGCCCUUGCUCACACAACAACCCAAUGAACCACCACCCUAUGAACUUGCAGUUCAACAGCUCAAAAAUAAAUCAUGUAAUGCGGAAUCUCGCCAAUCCAUUGAAGACCCAACCCUUGUACAAAACAGUUUUAAGAACCAAAUGUCAUUAUUUAACAUGCUUGGUAAUUCCGAUAGCAAUGAUCCAAUUGGCCCAUUUGCUUCCAAGCUAAGACAGUUGUCGCAGCAGUCGAAAUCCACAGACGACACCUUAGAUUUGAACUCUGAUCUAUGGUUAUCUAUGGAUCUCAACGACUUCUACAAUUCUACUGAACAAUAUGGCCAGUUAUUGAGCGUUGUUCAUAAUAACAGCCAGUCAAACGAGUGCUCUGUGUUAAGACAAACGGAUCAGUCGAAUCCUAUUGGAAGUGUAAGCAUGUUUAAGAUGCCUCUGUCUUCUGGGGAGGUACGUUCGCCCUCAAGUGUGCUAAGUCAAAGUGCUAUUUAUAACUCCGUUCCUCUCGCGUUGGGAUCUCCCAUUUAUUCUGUGCAAAAUAUAGACUCUGGUCCGUCCAUUCCUCCCAUGCCUGUUUCUGGUGCAACCAAUCAGAUUCCAGAUUCGUCUAUGAUGUCAUCUCAUCGCACAAACUUAGAUCUCAUGUGUAACAAACCGCUAUAUAGUGUUACAAAAACGUCCGGAAGCGCUGAACACAGAUUUUCAUCCCUGAGUGCUCCACCUAUUUCCACGAAUAUUACAAAUUACACUACCAUAAAAACAAAGAAUGUUCUAAUAGGAGGCAAAACGAUUGAUCAAGUUCAGAAAGAAAAUCUGUUACUGGACUCCACUGAAUCGCCUGAGAGUGCCGAUAAUGUGGAAGAUUUGCCGUUUUCAUUAGAUGAUUUAGAAUUAAUUUUGUUUUAAUGACAUUUUCUACUUGUUCUGACUAAGAAUUUUAAAGCAGGUAUUUCAAUUUAAUACUUAAAUAUGUAAUAUUUUAAACACACUAACUAAUACGAUAAAAAACAUUAUAAUACUUGUAUAUGAUUAGUUUAAAUUAGAUUAAAUGACAUAUUGCCGACGAUUAAUAUAUAUUAUCUAGUACAAAGAUAUUUUAACGUUAUAAAAUGUAUACAUUCAUAGGGUUUACUACGAAAUCUUAGAAUUCCAUUUUAAAUGAUUUUAUUUGAUGAAUAUACUAACAGAGAUAGUUGACAUAGAGAGCGCAAUUUAUCAUAAAACAUAUCCUGAAACAAACCGUGUUUACACACGUUUAGAAAUAAAUUAUUUAAUAUUAAUUUGUUUAAACAUGUAUUAUUUACAAAUGUAUAUGAAUUGUAUAAAUUACAAACACUUUUUAAAACAGACUUUCCAUCGACUUAGAUAAAUAACCAUUAACAAAUACUUCACAACAGUUACAUCUAUUGACAUAACAUUAUUAAAAUGGUAUUUUAAUGAAUUUUGUUGUAGACGUUACUUAUACUCAUUGCGAAUAUACAUUGUUGACAUAAUCUGGAGGUAAAUGUUUAUUAAGAUGAUCUUUAAAUAAUAAAAACAUUUCGGACAAGCUAAUUAGAACUGAAGUAGAAGGUAACUUAGAUUUAGAUAGUAUGAAAAUCAAUGCGGUGAAGUACACUGAAGUACUUCAUCAUCAUGAUUGAAGACGUUGAUUAUUCAUAUUUGCUUCCUUUCGUAUGUACAUGCUCUUUUAUUGAUUAAAAUUUUAAAAUGUUUUAAAGGAAUUUGUAAAAUGUGUUUAAUGAAAAGCGAUAUUUUUAGACACGUUAAUGGACCAGUUUGCAUGUUUUGAACACGUUUGCUCUUAAAAAACGUCAAUAUGUAUUUUAAUCUUUUAGACAUAACAUUUUGAUAUUUGAUUUGUAUUUAACGUACACAUGUCCUGAACAUGGUUUUAUUUAUACUUUGUCUUGUUUGGAAAGAAGUAAAACGUGAGUCAGCAAGAAACAUGUUUAAGUACUAAAAAGCUGCUCUUUUAAAACGUUUUAUUUUUUACUCUUGAUGCUUCGAUGUUGUUUUUAUGUUUUUAAAUUUAACAGAAACAAAUGGUUGUUUUUUAAACUACACAUAAAGGUACAUAUUAUUGGCAAAUUGUAUAAUAAAACCCACAAAUAUGUUAUGCUGAAUUCAAAUUGUAAUGAAGGUCGCCGUGGUGUAAUGGAUAUGGUGUCCGCCUCACGGGUUCAAUCCCUACCGUGGGAGCGUUCUUUAGAUCUCCCCCAAAGACACUUAUUAGGACCCGGGAAACGGACUCGAGAGCGUUAAUAUAAGCCAUAGGCUUUCGAUGCAAUCGAGCUAAAAUAAAUAUGUUAAACUAAAUUAUAAUGCAUUUAAAUUAAUCGAAAGUAGACGUUUUGAACAGCAUUUUACAUUUUCUGUAUGGCUAAAUGCGAUUUGUAUAAAGUGUAAUAAUUAUUUAUAAUGUACAGAAUUUUAUUAAUUUUUACUCUCUCAUUUUUGAUAUCCUUUUAAACAGAUUUGGAUAAAAAAUAGUGUGUGUAUGUUUUAUUCACAUGAUUGGUAUUUGCAGUGUUAAUGUAUUUGUAUAUUCAAUCACUAUUUAAAUGCCACGAAGAAAUGCGGCUUUGAAAAAUGUGCUUUAAUCACAAUACUAAUUGAAAUAGUCAGAUUCUAUUAUAUUUACAUAUUUAAAAAACGGUAAAUACAUUGUGUAUAUAUGUAUGCGAUGAAAUUUGUAAAUACUCUUUUGUCACUAUUAAUACCAUUUUAUCCACUUAAUUUUACGAUAUGCAGUGUAUUUUAAAUGAACAUUAAGUCAUUUGAUUAUAGCUAGUUAAUAAUUUAUUGAGUGAUCACUAUUUAAUAAGUUAUUUAGAUUUAUUUAUGAUGUUUAAAGUUUAUCGAUUUUUGUAUAUCAUGUUCUCCAAGUGAGAUAAAACAAUGUUUUUUUGUUUGUGCGCUUAUAUAAUACUGCAUUUAUUUGUUCAAACAUUUUGUGUUCAAGGUCUGGUAAAACACCAAUGAAACCGUGUUUUGCCACAACACAUUUUGUAUUCAUGCACUCCUUUGCGACAACAAUAAUGACAGGAAAUGAUCCGAAAAAACAACUGCGUUAUUGGCUGUGCUAUUUUGGUUUCCCGUAGCUGUUUGUGUGGUCAACCUUAACUUGAAUUUUGAAGUUUUAAAUAGUAAAUGUCAAGUAUUAAUUGGGUAAAGCAAAAAAUGCAUUGUACGAUUCAGUAGCUGAACUGAGUACAACAGGGCCGGCGGGUCAAAGUAAAGAUUAUAGUAAUUUGUCGUAGUGGCGGCCAUUUUACCCAUCAGCUUUUGCGGCUGACCUUUUAACUUGAUCUAUGUGGCUAAAAUUUUGAUGAGUUUUUCGCGGCUCAACUUUUUACUAAGCCUAGGCGUCAAGCUUUUAAAACUUUGAACUAGUUAUUCGACCGAGUCAUGUAUGGUAUCACGAUUGUGCACUGGUAAUGAAAGUUGCAGCCGUUUAUGUGUUCUUGGCGUUUUGUUGUCUGUACGUGUUGUGACAUGUACAUGUUAUGUGUUUUUGUUGUGACUUGUCAUGUUAUUGUGUUUCAUUGAACAAAAAAUACCUUCUUUAAACCAGGUCAUAAUAAGAUGUUGAUUUUUUAGGGUUUUUCUUUAAAUUAUAUAAAGCUUGAAAAGGCAGCUUUCAUGCAUUUUGUGACACGUAUUACCUAUUGUUAACCUUAUUACGAAUGUUUCAUCUUGAUAUGUUACAGUAUUUAAUUGCAUUUUAUAUGUACAUUGCAAACUGAGUCUUCUAGCUUUACUAAAAACAAAGUACACACGCAACGAACAUAUUAAAGUAAACUAACGUUUUGCCAUGAAGUUCAAUUUAGUUUUCUUUGUUAGAAUUGGAUUAGACUUAUACAAUAAUAGGUACGAAUAUAUUUUACUUGAAUGUACAUGAACGUUUAAACAUGGUGCUUCGAUAUUGUAGCCUGGAUACGUUAUACUAUUAAGCUGAGCUUUGUAUGAAGUAGAAAAGUUAGUAUGACAACGAUGUGUAUUCAAUAUAUGUCAAUACAUAAGAAGGUGUUAGUGCUAUUGUAACGCUUUAAAAGCAGUCAUAUGGAAUAUUCUUUUCCUGGCUGUUCACUGCCCUGUAGUUAAAAAUUAGCUUACACUGUGUUCAAAACAUUGGAAAAGUAUGUAAUGUGUUUGCGGCGUAUGCGUUGAUCCAUUUACUUUUCAGGAAAUAACUAGAUAAGUUUGUACAUUCGGGAAUAAUGAAACUUCCAGGAAUUGCGAGAAUGCCAUUACAGGAAUGAUAAUUUAACUUUACGUUAUCUAUAGAGGAAAGUUUGUUGACGUACAGGAAGGUAAAUUCCGGUCAAUGGCUAAUUAAUCUGGUUGUCCAGAUUUUAAGGCCAUUAGUCAACAUGGCCGACUCGCAUACUUUUAUUUGUUUAGAAUGGUGUGAAGAAAGUCAAUGCGUGCUAUUCAAGAACGUAACUUUUUUUUAAUAUUUAUAAUGUAAUAGUGUUACACUUGUUUUUGCUUUCUGGCAAAGCUUUUGUUUAGAGAAAGCGAAUUGUGUUGUUGUCGAGUUUUGGUUUUUAAUAUGUGUUGAUGUUUUUUAACAUUUAUAAUAAAAAGAUUCGUAAUGUG